AUGUUAGAUGUUAGAAGUUAGAAGAAGGCAGGGUUGGAGCAGCCGCGAAUCGUGUUGAAAUGGGGCCGUUGGGUCGGAGGAGCAUGUCGACGGUGUCGAAAGCGGUGGCGGAAAUCACCGGCACCGGAAAAACCAAAACCCGCAAAUCUUCCAGUGAACUCUGCAACUUCCUCGGCAUCCCUCAUCACUCUCGCUCCGAAAUCUCCCUCAUUCUGUCCAACUUCAUCAAACUCUACAAUUCCAAGAGUCCUGGUAUUAAAAAGGACAAGAUUUGGGAGCAGAAUUUGCAGACGCUUUUGCGUGGCAGAAACACUGUUGGUUUUCCCGAGAUUGCGAAAAUUCUGUCUCCGGAAUUCGGUCAGGGUGCGAUUAAUAUGAAGGGCAGUAAUGUGGAUUCCUCCGCGGAUGCCGCAAAGGGGAAAGGCCCUCAAAGGAAAGGGAAGUCCUCUAAGAAGUAGGACUUGCACGAGGUAUUCCUUCUUCUAGGACGUAGUUACUAGUUAGAUACUUGAAACUUUGUGUCUUUGCUCAAUCUGCAAUUUUGCAGCAUAAUGUCAUGAUUGAAUUCCAGUGACAACCUAUUCAAACUAAUUUGGCUGUUCUGUUGUUGUCCUUCUAAAUAAUUUUAUUCCUUCUAGUUACUCCAUA